UCCCCUAAUUUCAAUAGUAAAUCAUUAACUGAUACCUGCAGAUUCUGCAAUAGGUAGAGCACAGCAUUAGACCGACCAACCCUCUAAUAAUGUGCAGUCUGCUGACACUGGAUGCCUGUAAACACUAGAGAUGAAGGAGCUAUGGGUUAUGGUUGUCUUUGCUACAGUCUCUUUAUCACAGGGGGAUCUCACCAUAUCAUCUGCCAUUCCAACCACCAUUGACAUAACUACCUACCCUCAAACAACCGACACUCCAGCGACCGAACAGUCCAACUACCAACCUUCCAACUACCAACCCUCCAACAACUGACCCUCCAGCUACCGACCCUCCAGCUACCGACCCUCCAGCUACCGACCCUCCAACUUCCCACCAUCCAAUUAUCGACUUUCCAAUUAUCGACUUUCCAACUACCGACACUCCAACUAUCGACUUUUCCACUACUGGCACUCCAACUGCCUGUGUAACAGUAGUCUUCUUGCAUUGUGUACAAUCAGUCAUCGACACGGAACUCCAAUAUGUAGCACCAGUCAUGUAGCUUUAUUCUGUUAGGAACGGCACAAAAUUGCACGUCAUGCAAUGCACGUCUCACCAUCCAACUCUGCACUCAAGCACGCUGGUUUGGUGCUUGUUCACUGGGACAGUUACCAAAAUAAUACAAUUACAAUAUACAACAUAAUAUCUUUAACAAUGUACCUGUUAGGAACGGCACAAAAUUGCACGUCAUGCAAUGCACGUCUCACCAUCCAACUCUGCGCUCACGCACUGUAUAAAAUAUAUGAACCCCCCCCCCCACCAGACACAGUAAGUUGCUAGCUAGUACUGGCGGGAAUUCUUUACAACAAAAUGCACAACAAAUAUUCUCCAAAAACCGCUGCAUCUUAUAUGUGAUGUUCGAAUAACAUUUACAAACAAUUUGAUAUAAAUUGUACAUUUAAAUCAUCACUUGAGAGUAUGAGAAUCACUUUUGAUGUACAGUGCUUGGCAACCAACAACCUACCGCUGGUUUGGUGCUUGUUCACUGGGACGAUUCUAACUGGAACAUCCCCCCUCGUAAGCAAGCUACGAAAACCAGCCAAUAAGAUGCCAUGUUGAGUAGGUAAAGGCAAGACAAACUCAAACUAAAAACCCAUUGGCUUAACAAUAAAGUGGCAAGGGGAAUCACCAAUAUAACCCUGUUACACCUGCACUCCAACCACUGACACUCCAACUGCCUGCACUCCAACCAAUGACACUCCAACUGCCUGCACUCCAACCACUGACACUCCAACUAUUGCACAUCCUUCACUUCCAAGCACAAGAGUGGGUGGAACCAGUACCACACUCCCCACCACCCACACUAUUGCCUCUCCCCACCAUCACUUCCACCACCAACCCUUCAACCACCUCUGCCACCACCUCUACCACUCCCACCACCUCCACCACCACCUCUCCCACCACAACGCCUCUAUGGUCUGUAUCAAUGGUAGUGAGCUGAAGAGAGGAGUCUGUAUCUGUCCUGAUGAGUGGACUGGAGAGACCUGUUCAAAUGGGAAUUUCUGCAAUUCCACCAGCAAGGAUGGAUUCUCCUUCCCAAGAACACUGGUUGGCUGGUCUGCUUAUUCAGAAGUGUUGCGUGAUAAGAAGACAACCACCGGUUUACCAGAAGCCUCAGCAAGAUGUUUGAAAGACACCGGCUCUCCAAUGUUUGGUCCUCCUCACAUUCUGCAGUGUGAAUUUACCCUCAGUAACAUUCAAGGAAAUAUCUCCAGCAGUUCAGGUGAUUUACUACAGUUAGCCUUCAGUUCUCAGAUCCUGACUUCCCAACCAGAGCAGCUGUCAGCUGACAACAUCACCACGGCAGCUCAGAUUGCUAACACGCUGCUUCAGUCUGCAAAUAUCACAGAGGACAUCGCAGGACAUGAUGGUAACUACCAUCAGUCAGCUGCUGAAUGCCAGUGAGGAGAGUACACAGGAGAGAGACGCUGUCCAGAGAAUUCAUCUCAACACCAGUACCUCUGAUCUGAUAGCUGACAAAGGAGGUUCUACCGAUGUCCAGAUUGUCAUGAAAUUCCCUCCAGGUCCAGGGCUUUCAGUGCUUCUUCAGGAACCAGGAGAAGGGUCAUCUCUGCUAACCUGGGACAAGUGUCUGGUUUACAUUUUGAGAUGCUCUUCAAGCCCACAGUAAGAUUUAUCUUGGAAUCAGUAAACACAUAGUGAUCCAAAUUCUCUGGGAAACACAGUGGGAGGUUAUCCAUUAUCUAGUUAGGGGGUAGGCAGCACAGUUCCUGGAGUGCUGCAGGUAUUACAGGAUGUUGUUCCAACUAGGCACUUCAUCUGCUAAUUGGUCACUUCCUGGUCGGUUAAGUCAAAAACAUGAUGUGCCUGUGGCCCUCCAAGACCAGGGUUGCCUAACCCGGAUCAAAGUUAUUCAUUGACUCUUAUCAGCCAUAGGGAACAAGGUAGCAUAUUUGUCCAGUGAACAAGGAAGCACAUGUUGUAUUGUACAGUGGGGAGAACAAG